AGCAUGUCCUUCAAGUGUCAUGGAACAAUAUGGAAUGGAUCAAAAUAAUCCAAUUGAUUUAAUUUCAAAAUUGAUCAAUAAUCCAUGGAUCUAUUCACAAGCUAAUAAUAAUUCAGAUCAACCGAUAGAGAUGAAUCCUGAAAUUGAACUGAACAAUAUUCAAUCGCCUCCUCCUAGAACAAUUAAUGACAAUAAUAAUAAUGAUAUAAAUCGGUUAUAUCAAUCAACUGAAUUACAGGAUAUGUUAAUUCGACAAAAUUUGAUCAAUUUUAAUGAUCCAUCUUUACAAUUAAAUCAUGAAACAGUUAAUCAAUUAACUUUAAAUGAUAUGAUUAAUUUUAUGAAUAUGAAACAUCUACCAAACUCUACAUCACAAUAUAAUAUUCAGAAAAGUGACAAUGAUUCAUCCACUGUACAUCCACAAUCUUUAGCAUACAUGUUAAAAAAUAAAUUGGAUGCUAUCAACAGUGAGAUUGAAUUAAUUCAACAUGAAAAAGCAACAACAGAAAUGUUAGCUGAUGAAUUACAAGGACGAUUUGGUACAAUGGAUAUCAAUGUUGAUAAUGUAAAUAAUGAAUUCAAGACAAAAAAUCAAUAUGUCGAUAAUCAGACUAAUGGAAAUGAGGCUGAUCAUAAUAUUCAAGUGGAUCGAAACGGAAAUAAAUAUAAUUUACAAAUAUUAUUGUGGAAUUCAUCUUGGAUAGCUAUCUGGCCAAAAAAACAAACAUGGCAAUUUUAUAUUUGA